AUGGCGAUCCAUGACGAUGUACAGAUCGGUGACAUCGUCAAUGUGCCCGGUGGCAUGUUUGGUACGGUAAAAUAUUUGGGGUCAGUGGCGGGCAAACCGGGUCGAUUUGCGGGCAUCGAGUUGAGCAAUGAACAUGCGCCUCGGGGGAAGAACAGUGGAGAUGUGGAAGGACGGAAAUACUUUGCAACUUCCGUUCCUGGCUCGGGGAUUUUUGUGCCGAUGAAUAACAGCAAGUACGUCACUCGAAGGAUCACGUCAAACAACUUCGCCGUGCCUACAACUCCUGCUCGUGCCCCGCCGGUCAACUUCAGCAAGUCAGUCGGUCCGAGUCUUUCUACGCCUCGUCCUCGGAUCCGUCGGCCCUCCCUCCCUCGACCUGAAUCUCCACGUGUUCCCCCUCCAAAGCUAAGCUUGAGUGGCUUACGAACCCCCUCCGCCGCUUCGAGAACAUCGGCCUCUAAUGGAUAUCAACGAAGCCCUACCAAGGCCCCGUCACGACUGUCGGAUCGACCACCAUCACGUCUCAGCGUUGAUGAUGACGCUUCAUCGUAUGGAAGACCAUCCGACUAUACGCGUCCCUCUUCGAUAGAGAACCAGGAAUUGAAAAGCCAGGUUCAAUAUCUAGAAAAACAACUACAUGAUCGGGACAAGCAACUGGAUGAGCAAGCGAAGACCCUCGGCGAUUUCCAACGAACUAUAGAGGAACUGGAGGGAUCGGAUGCUCUUUCGGUUCGUGCUCAGCUUCGGGAGAGGAACGAGCGAAUCAACCAGCUGACCGCGGAAUUCGAUGGCCACCGAGCUGACUUCCGCAGCACGCUCGAUACAUUGGAGAUUGCCGCAUCUGAGACUGAGCGUGUCUACGAGCAGCGUCUGGAUGAACUCCUGCAACAGAACAAGGAGCUCCAGGAUCGUGGGGAAGAUGUGGAGAUCGUCGCUCAGCAACUAAAGCAGUUGGAAGAGCUAGUAUCCGAGCUGGAAGAGGGUCUGGAAGACGCAAGGCGGGGUGAAGCGGAAGCAAGAGCCGAGGUCGAGUUCCUCCGUGGUGAGGUUGAGAGGACCAAGUUGGAAUUAAAGAAAGAGCGUGAUCACUCAGCCGCCGCGCUAAAGGACGCCCAUACUGCGUCCGACGGACCCCGUCACUCUAGUGAAAUCGAGCAGAAAGACGACGAAAUCCGAGGUCUCAAGGCUAUUAUCCACUCUCUGAGCCGUGGAAACCCCAACGCCAAUCACAAUGAAAAUGGCGUGGAUGACCAAAACGAGCAGAAUGAGCGUAUUGCCCAGCUGGAGCAACGGCUUCACGAAACAGAGGGCAACUUUGAACGCAAAGACACCCGCAUCGAAGAGCUAGAGCGGGAACUGCAGGAGCUCCGGUUGAGUUCCAACGAAGGAGGUCGCAAUCGCAGUUCCACCGUGACCCUCUCUCCACCCAAACAGCACAAACCAUCUGGUUCCCAGAGCAAUAUUGCCGUGAACAUAAACCACGAUCACCGUCUUUCUGAUCGUACGGUGGUCCCGACCGACUGGCAUGAUGCCCCAUUGGAGCCUCGCCAGCACAACCGCGGCAUUUCCAGUUCUUCACAACAACGCCUCGAGCCCAUGCCCGAGUCAGAACGCUCUUCUGAUGAUGAUACUCAGUGGUGCGAGAUUUGUGAGACAGGUGGCCAUGAUAUCCUGAACUGCACUAGCAUGUUUGGGCCCGGCAACGACAAGGCUCAGGCCCGGGAGGUGUCAAACAAUCACUCAGGAAAGCCUGCUGACCACACUGAUUCGCACGAAAUCGAUGACGAUAUUCACGAACAUACUCCCUCUCCCAAGACUGGUCGGGACGUUGUCCUUGAGGGAUUGAAGGGCAUUGGUGGUAUGGGUAGUUCCAUGGCCCCCAUUGCUGGCAAGUCCUCCGGCGUCAUUGAUGAGUCCAAGUGGUGUGCUCUCUGUGAGCGCGAUGGCCAUGAGAGCAUCGACUGUCCUUUUGAUGAAUAA